UUCAUCUGAAGAAAAAAUGGCCGUCGUAGCGUACGUCAAAACUUCAUGGGCGAGUAUCCCGAAAAACGUGUGCUAAUUUGCAAUAAAUCAAUAAGAAAAGUGAAAAUAUAAAGCGAGUGAGGUGAUAUAAGUGUUUGUGGCUGGAAUUAAAUUAAUAUAUCAUAAUUGUCACAUGGUGGGGUACGGGGAGAUACAAUUGUUCGGUCGAACUUGAUGCAUCAUGUGAGGGCGGGGGUAUGUGGGGCAGCUCGGUGGGCUGGUGGUGCGGCGCGCUGGCGGCCGCGUUGCUGCUGCUGCUCAUACUGUGCCGCCGCACCGCCAAGAGACACGUGAGCACAGCGCCCACCCACCACGUCACUGAGGUGCACGUAGUGUGUGACGGCGUGUCACGAGUACUGUAUCUGGCCCCAUCGCCGCUGCCCCACCCCCACGAUAUUCUUGCCACUGCGUCCCCCAGGCUCUCUAACUUACAACACAAAGCUAUCGAGUCUUUACCACCACCACAACCUACCCAAAUUGUUGUCGUUAAAAACAAAAUCCAAAAUACUGUCCCACACGGUGCUGAUAGCCCUGAACCUUCAAGUUCCCAGUCUUCACAAGGUCCCCGAAGGCUUACUCCUGACUUUCGCGGCAUACCAAAACUACCUUUGCCUGAGCAGUGGAUACAUAAACGGCCUCUCGAUUUCAAAUACGCAGCCAUCCCUAGGCCCUUAGCGCAAAUUGUGAGCAACGAUUUAGGAACUGAGCUGUCGCGUGAGAGCCGGUUAAAAAAAUACAGUGCAACUAGGUCGCCAUCUUUAGAAAAAGACGAGAAAUCUCCAUUUGUACUCAGUGCAAAAACUGAUAAGAUCAACAUUUUUGGUUUCGACUCCGAUAUAUUGAGAAAGUUGUCAGAGAAAUCUGAAUAUUUGCAGGAGAUGGGAGAACGUGCUCCUGCAUCGCCUCGCGAUGUUGAUAAAGAUAUGUCCCCUGGCAAUUUACGAAGAUUCCGAUCCGUUAGUACCAAGCUCAAUGUCUGCAGUGUUGCCGAAAAUUCCUCUGAGGGUCAGCAAGGCAGACCCGAAUUGCAAAACUCGCCUCGCAUUAUCGAAUGCAGUUCAGCAAAGGAAAAGUCAUCAGCAACAAAAUUCGAUUUUUCCCCUAAACUUUUAGCUGAUAAUAUAAGUUCGCCGCGAUUCUACACUCCACCUGAGAUGAUCUCUCCGAUGUUCUUCGCAGAACCUUCUCCCAAAUCAGUUUACUAUGAUACUGUUAGAUCCCCGAAGUUUUUUCCUGAAACACCUCGUGACUCCGAAGUCCCCCAAUCGCCAAGGAUGUUGAGUGGUAAUCUUAAUCGCUCAAAUGGUGUACCUGAAAAACCUAAUUCGCCUAAAGUUAUAAGUGCUCGACCUAGCCCAAAAGUUCACAGUUACAAUAAAGAAAACUACUUCACAUUCGAUAAUGUCUGUGCUGUUGAAGACAGCGCACCAAGAAUAUCUCCAAGACCAAGACGGUAUGGAGGCAGAAAUUCAAUUGAAAGAGAAAAAUUUACACCUCCUGCAGAUAAAGAAAUUAAGAAAUAUAGAAGGCACAACAGUUGUGACACUAAUUAUAGAAACGUUGAAGUUAUUAUUCAAAAAUGUACCGAAGAAAAUAAGACUGAAAUUGCUGAUAACUUACCGGUAUCAGAAAAAGACGUAGUUGAUUGCUGUGCCAAAAUAGAUUCGUUACAAAUUGAUACGGUGAAUAAUGAGAAUCGUGAACUAUCACCGAAAUUAAAUACCGUGUAUGCAAGGAGACAAAGAUUGAAAUCUAUUUCACUGGAUUCGGAUAACGCUAAAAUAAUUGAACAAAAUUUAGGUCUGCCCAUUGCUAAGCAAAUGAAAGAUCAAAUAAACGAAGCAUACAAACUUCAAGAUACGAGCAGCUCGUGCGAACAUAUCGAUCGAUUUCCUACACCCUGUGAUGAAAAACCUACGCUUAUCUUCGAUGGUGAUAAUAAAAUAAUUGCGGAAUCUGAAGAGCAACAAUCGCCCAAUCUAUUACAAAAGAAAGGUCUACGUCAAAGCUCUGAUACGCAGUCCUUUUUGGAUAUGCCAAGGUUUUCACCAAAGGAGUUUGAAAUAACUGUCACUUCUGAUGAUGGUGCAACUACGUUUGCUGAGACUGAUUUAAGAAAAAAGGGAAAGAAUUUAAGAAACUUGACGAUAGAUUUAACAAAACGAGACAGUGACCUCGAAAAGGAACUGUUAGAGUUUGAGAAAUUGUACAGUGAUGCAGCGGAAAAUAAAGUCAGGACUCCUACAUUGAAAUACAAAGCUACGUCGCUGGAUUCUUCCGAGACCGAAAACCCAUGUACACCGCCCAAAAAAUCUCUAGAAGUUCCACAGAAUUCAAUUUCUGUUCCAAAUACUCCAAAGCGGCAGUUGAAACGAAUAUUAGGGCAAAAGAAUCUUAAGCACGAUGGCACUGGAGCAAAGCUAGGGUACAAUUCACUCCAAUGCACUGCAGAGCAGCGUCGAUUACUAAUGAAAGGUCAAGAUAGUGGAAUAUUUUUACGAGAAAACCAUGCAAGCCUUAUGCUUUAUCAGCCGAGCACUUCUCGUAUCGGUUCACUAACAAUGGAUUCAUUUGACGAGAAUGUAGAUGGAACUCCUGAUAUAAGCGUUCUAGGCGAUAAAUCCAGUGUGGAUAGCGGUCAAACUUUAGGCACGAAUCUAUUAAAUUAUAAACAAAACCUGAGUGUUUCAAGUACAAAUUUGAAAACACUCCCUGAAGGCGUGCCUUCUGAUGAUUUUGAACCAAGCGCCGAAGACGAGAAGCUAGCCAAAAAAUUACAUAGACGUAAUUCUAAUCAAAGUUUAUUACUAAGUACGCACAGUUUACAAAGCUCGAACUGUUCGAUAAAUAGCGCUGGUACUUCGACUCACAAUAUUUCAACAGUGAGAACGAGUAUAUCCAAUUUUAGUAUUAAUUCGGAGGGUAGGCAGAAAAAGCUUUCUCUAGAGAGGCGCGACUCUGCAUCCUUUAUACCUCACGAACACUUAACUCCGACUACAAGGGUUAUUUGUUCAUCAAACACCAAUCUAUCCGGAGAUUCACCAAAGAAUUGCUUAUUACAGCGUCGUGGAUCCAACAAUAGUUUAACGUUAAAUAUAAAUUCGAACAACCUUAGUCGCCAUUCUAGUAAUAGUUCUCUCAACAAGGAGACAAAAAUCGGCCCAAAGAAAGGACUGUUAGAAAGACGGAGUUCUAACACUUCCCUAACUCUGAAUAUCAAUACUUCAAAUCCUCAGUUGUCAACUAAUAGAGGUUUAAGUAUAUCAAAUUAUAAUCUUAACGGGUCAACGUGCAACUUAAGCAGGUACAAUAGUAACCAUAGUAUAGAUAACCCAGAGCCUCGAAAAGGUAUAUUAGAAAGACGCAGUUCUAAUACAUCUCUUACAUUGAAUAUUCAACCCCAAGAGCCUCGGGACAUAGAAAUUGACGAGGCCCUUAUUGACACCAAUUUGAAAGACCUUCCACAUAGAGACAAUCACAGAAAAUCAUUAAGUACAGAGAACUUAAUACCAAAAUCGUAUAAAAAUAGGACUAGGCUAAAUUCUUCGGAGAAAUGUUUGGGAUUCGGGUCGCAUGAUAACUUAUGGUCAUCUUCAUACCCGGACUACCCGCAAAACUUAACAUAUGUGUGCGGCGAUCAGGAAAACGAGCUAAUUUAUGCCUUUGGACGUCAAGAGGAACCAAAUUUCCAGCCUGGAUUCGUCAAAAGUAUCACAACAAAACCCUUAAGCCCUCAAAGUACGUCCGAAGACUUUAGAUUGUAUUUGGCGAAUAUGCAGCAUCUACAAAAUGCUUCUAGCGUAUUGUCGAGACAACAGCUGAAGGACUUGUAUGAUGUUUUUCAGAAUGGCUAUUCAAAACUUAGGUGCCAUAGUACAAAUGAGGGCCAGCAUUGUUGUUCGGGCCCACUUGAAGAUAUUGACAACCCACAAAUGGUGAUUCCCGAGCCUGUGAUUUCUCAGCCAUGCUCUGAAUACCAGAAAAUGCUGUUGAGGAAUCUACACCAGGAGUUUUGGGAUUUACCGACGAAUUUUCAGGAGAAGCCAAUAGUUUCUGGGUCCCAUCCAAAGAAUAGGUAUAAGACGAUAUUGCCGAACGAACAUUCGCGGUUUAUGUUGAGAGCUGACGCCGGUUGCGGUGAGGGAUACAUAAAUGCCAAUUUCAUUAAGGGGCAUGAGUACACAAAAAACAGUUACAUAGCAACACAAGGUCCGCUCCAGAACACUAUGUACGAUUUCUGGCUGAUGGUUCAACAGAACCACGCUGAUUUCACGCGAACGACCACGAAUCGUCCGCUUAUACAAAAAAUCGUUAUGCUGACGGAUUUCCUCGAAAACAAUCGACCGAAAUGCGAAAGGUACUUCCCCUUGGAUUUGAACGAAGAAAUUGAAAUUUGUUGCCCGGACUGUGCGGAGGGCGUAGAAAGGCCAAGUUUUUUAAUAAAAAAUAUGGGUAUGAUAAAAAAAUGUGGGUACACGAUUCGUUCUCUGGAUGUUAGAUAUAAUGAAGAAAAUUCAGAAAGUAUAACAGUGUACCACUAUUGGUUCCACAGUUGGGCUGAUCACAAGUGUCCGAAAGAUGCGAAUGCAUUACUUAAUUUAAGCCUGGACGUUUUAAGGGAUGAUGUGUAUAAUUUUAGCGAGUGUAGUGAUGAAACUGACGAAAAAUGCAAGUGUAACGACAGUCCAAAGCCAGAUUCUAAAUUUGUGUUUCCACCCCUCGAAGCUCAAAAUACCCCUUGUCAGAUAAAAGUAGAAAAAAUCAAAAUAUCUUCUCCCAUAACUUUCUCCAGUGAGAACCAAUCACCCCCCACUAUAGUUCAUUGUUCCGCUGGUAUAGGAAGGACUGGUUGCCUGAUAGCAAUACUUAAUGGCAUUAAACAAUUAACAAUCGAACAGAAAGUAGACGUUCUGGGUAUAGUGUGCAAUAUGAGGUUAAACCGGGGUGGUAUGGUGCAGAAUUCUGAGCAGUAUGAGCUUAUACAUAAGGUGUUGUGUUUGUUUGAGCAAGAUUGUCUGCCGUUAUAGCAAGCCCAGAAUUGUAAGGCAGAAUGGAGGUGUACAGUUCCUCGUGGAGUGUGACUUUGGUCAAAACAGUCAAUGCUUGCUGAAAGACUAUGAUGGGAAUUCAAAAUGGAAUGGUUGAUAUUAUUUACAAUUGUCAGUAAAUUUUGAAACUUAUUCUAGUUAAAGAUGAUUUUUAUACAACUCAAGUAUUUAUAUAAGUGCAAUUGACACAUAUCUAAUAUAAAUAAAAUACUUUAGAAACAAUUGAAACGCUUGUAAUUAAAACGGAAUUUGAACAUUAACUUUUACUUAAAAUUAACAUAUAUACAUACAUCAUAAUUUAAAAAAAUAUGUAAAUAGUAUUUUUUUUACCUGUACCAGAAAAAAAUUACCUCUAGCCCAAUUUCACCAAUUACACUUCAAUCUGAGUUCAUUAGAACUCAGUUUUACGUAAACGAGUCAUGUCAUAAACAAUAGAAUGUAUCAAAAUACCUGUCAAAGCUGUCAUCGAUAAGUAUGAACAAAAUCGCAAUUGUUAAAUGUCAAUGUUACAAUUAAUUACGGUAACGACAGUGACAGCUCUUGAACGCGAUCAAAUGUUGAACGUCCUGAAUUCGACGGUUAGCAUUUAAACGCGUUUAGGCUAUAACUGUGUUUAGUUUGUGUUGGUGAAAUCAGGCUUCAAUGAUUUUGUCUUCUGACUCUUUAUUUGAAUUUAAACAAUACUUGGAUUAUUAUAUCAUAUUUAUUUGUUAUACAUUUUAUCGUUUUCGCUUACUGCAACUCUUCUCUACGUAAACGUUCACUAUAAAAAUGUUUGCAAAGUUUUUUCUUAACUUAUUAAUAUAUGUAUUUAUCUUUCCUGUUUCUGGCAUAGAAAUCUAAAUUAGAAGGUCUUAUAAAUAUGAAUCCGGAUAUUAAAAACAAUUGCCAUCUAUUUUAUUUAAAAAAAAGUGUGUGUACUUAUAUACGCACGCAAGAAGUUAUUCUUCUUUGGCAUAAUAAAACAAAAAUCCUUAAAAAAAUUUUCCUCGUGCUUUUUUACGUUUGUAUUAAAAUAUUAAGGUAUUAAUUAAACCAAUGAUAAUAUUAUUAUACCGCAUUGUUUAGUUUAAUAACGGGUAAUUAAGUAUAAGAUUAAUUUUAUACAAUUAGAGAGAAUUGUAUAUAAAUUGUUUUUUUUUAUAAUUCGCGUGUUGUGAUUGGACGUAGUUCCUGAAAAACAUUCCAAUCACAAACAUCACAUUUUACGGAAUUCGUGUUUAAAGUUUAAUAAGUAUUAGUGCAUUCCAUACAUGUUGGUUGGGCUACUAUGUCAUCAUGUCAUUUAAAGAGUUACGGUAGGGCUGCCAUUUUUUGUCAGUCCGUUAAUAUCAAUCACGUGACCAGUAAUGUGUUCUUAACUCAAUUUCGACAUCAGUGUGGUUUAGAACGUUUUUCUGGAAUUAGACAUAUGAGUAACAAGAGGCUUGGUAGCUGAAGUUGAAUACGAAUGGCCUAGGUGAUCAUCUAACCGCGAUGGUUACGUCACUUCUAGUACCUUCUUUUUAGAUUUCUACGCAAGCAAUUAGUAUUAAUUAGAAGUGCUCAGGAUUAAUCUCAAAUGAUACCAAAUUAUCGUUAUAAAAUUACUCGAGCCAGAAUUAUUGUUUGGCAUGUUAAUGUUAGAAUUCUGUUUGCGUUUUAAUACCUUAGAAAGUAUUUCAUUUAAAUAUUGCGUGUUACUUGCGUUAUUUCAGUAAAUACAGAAUCCGUGUGGUAAGAAAAUCUUGGCAAUAAUAUUGUUACCAUUGUGCACAAUAUACUAUAACUAAAGUAAUAAUAAAUUUGACAAAUACUGAAAUACAUUUUAUAUAUGAAGAGCUGUAUAUCUCCAAAAUCUAGUAAGUUUACCUUCGAAUUAUAUUGGCGUGGCACACUUGGUCUAAUAUUGCAGUGUUGCCAACAUGUUUUUAUACCAACUCAAUGUUUUAUAUGGGUAUAUGUGUAACAUUUAAUCAGUGAUAAGUUUUUUAUACGUUUUUUAUAUUUCUCGUUAUGUGCGUAAAUUUUAUUAGCUUACAUAAAAAAUGGGUAAAUUUCGUAUUAAGUUGGCAACAUUGUAAACGUGUGUGGAAAUGAAACGAUGUGUUUUAGUAGCUUAGGUUUUUUAACGUUAAAACGCUAAACUUCGAGAAGACUUGUCGAGCAGUCAACAUUUUUAUUGCAAAUUGACAGCUGACAGACGCCUGUGAUUUGACAAUUUUUUUUUCUGGGCAUUAUUUUACUGUCGUCUGUGGUAAGAGUUUUAUUUAUUCUCGUCUUCUAUAUAACUCUGUAGGCAAUGGUCUGUUUUGUUUUUCUAUUAAAUUAGUUAUAUGAAUAAAACUAAUUCUAUUUUUUUAAAUUUUGUCGAUCUGUAAUAUCUUAAUUUAAAUUAGAACCUACAUGUUUUGUAUCAACAUAAAAUUGUGUAAAUUAUUUUAUCAAUUAUCGGCCAUUUUCCUAUACAAACUGCAUAUACUAUCUAAAAAAACGUAUACCACACGUCACAGGUGGAAAAUUUAUCAGGGCGACAUUAUCAAUACAACCUUUUUUUUAUUGCAUAAUCAAUAAAUUAUAAUAUUUUAUAUAUAAUUUUGAUCUUAUCAUCGUUCGAUCACUAAAUCCAGCCUAAAUCGCUAUUAACGUUUGAGAUUACGAUGCCAGAGAGAAUCAAAUAUGGCUGUAACCACAGACGACAUAGACAAUUCUAGUUUUAAUGAUUAUAUAGCUAUGUAAAGAUGUGUUGCACAAAGUCCCGAGUUAUUUAGUAAGUGAUAAUAUGUUGUAUAUUUUCGUUGACAAUUUCUGUAGGGCGAGAGGUCACGACACUUAAAACAACAUUCGAAUGUCGAAUUAUUUCUAAUAAAUUACAAAUAAAAUUCAUAAUAAGUAGGCAGUGGGCAGGGCACAUAGUUCGACGGACAGGUGGCCGGUGGGGCAGUAAAGUCCUCGAAUGGCGACAACGCACCGGAAGACGCAGUGUUGGUAGGCCCCCCACAAGAUGGACCGACGGUCAGGUCAAAAUCGCCGGAAUACGUUGGAUGAAGGCAGCGCAGGACCGAUCGUCGUAGAAAUCUUUUGGGGAGGCCUUUGUUCAGCAGUGGACGUCUUCCGGCUGAUGACGAUGAAAUAGGAAAAUAAAUAAAUUAUUCAGUAACUAUUACAGAUAUCAAAAAACUUUGAACUAAUAUCCAAAUAACUUUAUCUAUUCUGUAAAAUGACAUCGCUAACUGUAUAAUAAUCAACGUACAUUUGAUAUGAGAUUAGUAGAAACGUUUUAGUUUCCUUAUUUUAAAAGUUUAUUUUAGCUACUACUGAUACUAAAGGAAACUGUUUAUUAAAAUAACAAAGUAAUAAAACUGUCUUAAUAAUAAAUAUUUAACUUAACUGUAUAAAAUAUUUAUUUAUUUGUAAGUAUUAAAUUUUGUAUUCAGCAGAUGUUCGAAAUGCAUCCUUAUUGUGAAUUGGAGUGCUUAAUAUCAAAAUUUUGGAUACUUCUCGUUUGAUUUUUAUAAACAUAACGUACUUUUGAUAUCAGUUAAAAGUUUUUUGAUAUCUGUAAUAGUUACGGAAUAAUCGCCUGAUCACAGUCAACGAAUACACCUCGUAUAUAUUCAGGCUAAAAUUGCAGUUUGCGCUUUUUUUCAUUCUAAAUACUUUUGUAAUAAUUAUAACUUUUGUCUUGUAUCUUUUACUAAAAAUGAAAUAGUUUUAGAUCGAAUUUUAUUUAUUUCAAAGUUUUUAAUAGCCACUUUGAGUGUAAUUAUAAGUUUUAAGUGUCGUGAUUUUUCCUUCAUUUUGAUGUAGGUUCAACGCAGGAUACCACAAUAUUAUCUGCAGGGCAAUGCAAAUUUGAAACUACCCGAAAAAAAGAGUACUUAUACAAUAAAAUGUUAGUCCUUGAAAAUGUUACCUAUGUACGUAUAAUUUCAAAUUGUUUUCACAUUUUUUUUUGCUGUCAAUUUAAUGUUUUCAUAACCUUACAAAAAUAGUUAAUAUAAAAUCACUAUGAAAUUGUCUGUCGCCUGCGUUGGUCCUUCGAGCCGUAGAUGUGUAUUGAUGUUUUUAUUUAUUUUAUAUUUUUAUAGGUUAAAUCGUUUAGUCAUUAAUUAUUAUAUUGUAAAUAUAGAUGUGUCUAAUAAAUUAUAGAGGAAUACGUUUCAGACUAAAACAAUAAUUUAGAAGAAUGAUACCUUUUUUAUUGAACUGUCGAACAAUGCGACUUGUGUUGGAUCUAUAGUUAGUAAUAAUUAAUUUUAUUAAUUCUUCGUUGGCAAAGAAAGAACAUAUUUGUAGAAGUUUUUAGCUUAGCCCCAACUUGUUUCAUAGAGAAAAAAAUUAGUAAAGUUUCUUAGACUUUUUAAUAUGCACUUUUAGCACAUAUUUUAUCCCAGUUUCGUGAAGCAUGGUUGAGUUUUGACCUGUGAAGAGUUUCUCAAACACUGCAGUUCUGUCGUAAAUAUGAUCUUUAAAGUUGUAUCGAAAAAUCGACAGUAGUACAUAAUCGUAAGGUCCAAUCAGUUUAAUGUUCGGUGUUUUAGUCUGAGACGUAUGUUUUUAAUAUUUUAUUCUAUCAUGCCACAGUUUAUGGAAACAGUACAAAAGAUAAAAAGAA